AUGAGGCCAAAGACUUUUCCUGCCACGACUUACUCUGGAAACAGUCGGCAACGACUGCAGGAGAUUCGUGAGGGGCUGAAGCAGCCCUCGAAGUCUUCCACUCACGGGCCACCUGUGGGACCAAAUGACACUUCCCUAGACACCAAUGUCCUGGGGGGCAAGGAUAUUGCCCGGCAGCAGCAGCCAAGAACUGCCCCAAAGUUUGGCCCGUACCAGAAGGCCCUGAGGGAGAUCCGAUACUCCUUGUUGCCCUUCGCCAAUGAAUCAGGUCCCCCGGCCUCUGCAGAAGUGAACCGACAGAUGCUGCAGGAACUGGUGAACGCUGGCUGUGACCAGGAGAUGGCGGGCCGAGCGCUGAAGCAGACGGGCAGCAGGAGCAUUGAAGCUGCCCUGGACUACAUCAGCAAGAUGGGCUACCUGGACCCCAGGAAGGAGCAGAUUGUACGAGUCAUCAAGCAGACCUCCCCAGGGAAAGGCGUGGCGUCCACCUCUGUGCCACGGAGGCCUAGCUUUGAAGGAGGAGGAGAUCCCUUCCCCCCCUAUCAUCCGAUGCGUGGGGCCUAUGAGGGUAGUAAUGUACUGGAGGAGGUGCCCCGAGAGUACAUGGACUUUCUCUUUGCCAGUGUCAGUCCCCACAGCACGCCUGGCGGCCUCCAGCACCAGUCCAAGGGCUACUCUGCAAGUUUGGAGACUUCUGGGAUGAACUUCCCCAUGGCCGGGCCUGAGGGCCAAGGCGUCCUGCUGCAGGGCCCACACUACAGGCCACAUCUGCUGGUGCCCGGGGCAUCCCCGGGCUACGGCAUCCAGCGCAGCCCUUCCUUUCAGAACAAGGUGCCACCGGACACUACAGGGUAUGCCAGUCUGGCUACCAAGGGCCUGGCUGGGCAGCCAGGGGCCAGCCACCCCUUCCCAGUGGUGGGGGCCACAGCAGGUUCAUACAUGUCGCAUCCACACCACAAACAGGCCCCGCAGAUGCAUGUGAUGGCACCCCCACAGAGCCUGCUGGCCCCCUCCAGGAACAGCCUCAAUGUGGACCUGUACGAGGCCAGCAGCACCCCUGUCCAGUCGUGGCCGGUGCCCACGCUGACCCGGCGAGACUCUAUGCAGAAGCAGGCGCUGGGGCUGGAGGGCUCUGUGCCCAGCAGAAGCAGCUCCUUCAGUAGCCACCAGCAACCUGUGGCCACGGCUUCCCCCAACACCAUCACAGCAGUGACAGCGGCCCACAUUCUGCACCCAGUGAAGAGCGUUCGUGUGCUCCGGCCGGAGCCGCAGACGGCUGUGGGGCCCUCCCAUCCGGCUUGGGUGCCCACACCCGCGCCCGCGCCCACUCCAGGGUCCGAGGGCCCCGAUUCCACUGAUGAGCAGCCUCCACCCUUGGUGGGCGUGGGCCCCUACCCUCGGGAUGUGGAUGUGAGGUGCCCGCCCCCACCCUACCCUAAGCACCUGUUGCGGGGUGCUGUCGAACAGGUGGACAUGGAUUGCCUGUGUGCGGGGGUGGAGCAGCAGCUGUGGGGUACCCCAUCUGAGCCCCCCAACAGGGGCCACAAAGGUGCCAAGGCAGACCGAGCUGGGAAGGAUAAGAAGCUGAUCCAGACCUCUCCCGUUCCGGUUCGCAAAAAGAGCUGUGAUGAGGAGAAAAGAGAGUCUCGAAUCAAGAGCUACUCACCUUAUGCAUUCAAGUUCUUCAUGGAACAGCACGUGGAAAAUGUCAUCAAGACCUACCAGCAGAAGGUCAACCGCAGGCUGCAGCUGGAGCAGGAGAUGGCCAGAGCUGGACUCUGUGAGGCUGAGCAGGAGCAGAUGAGGAAGAUCCUCUACCAGAAGGAGUCUAAUUACAACAGGCUGAAGAGGGCCAAGAUGGACAAAUCAAUGUUUGUGAAAAUCAAAACAUUGGGGAUUGGUGCCUUUGGUGAAGUGUGCCUGGCGUGUAAGGUUGACACUCAUGCCCUAUACGCCAUGAAGACCCUGAGGAAGAAAGAUGUCUUAAACCGCAAUCAGGUGGCCCACGUGAAGGCUGAGAGGGACAUCUUGGCUGAGGCCGACAAUGAGUGGGUGGUCAAACUCUACUAUUCCUUCCAAGACAAGGACAGCCUAUACUUUGUGAUGGACUACAUCCCUGGGGGAGAUAUGAUGAGCCUGCUCAUCCGGAUGGAGAUCUUCCCGGAGCACCUGGCCCGCUUCUACAUUGCAGAGUUGACUCUGGCCAUCGAGAGUGUCCACAAAAUGGGCUUUAUCCACCGAGACAUCAAGCCAGACAACAUUUUGAUAGAUCUUGAUGGUCACAUCAAACUGACAGAUUUUGGUCUCUGCACUGGAUUCAGAUGGACUCAUAACUCAAAAUACUACCAGAAAGGGAGCCACAUCAGACAGGACAGCAUGGAGCCUGGUGACCUAUGGGACGACGUGUCUAAUUGUCGUUGUGGAGACAGGCUGAAGACUCUGGAGCAGAGAGCCAGAAAGCAGCAUCAGAGAUGUCUAGCACACUCCCUGGUUGGGACCCCAAAUUACAUUGCCCCGGAAGUGCUUCUCCGAAAAGGGUAUACUCAGCUCUGUGACUGGUGGAGCGUUGGAGUGAUUCUUUUCGAGAUGCUGGUGGGGCAGCCACCCUUUCUGGCCCCCACUCCCACGGAAACCCAGCUGAAGGUGAUAAACUGGGAGAACACGCUCCACAUUCCAGCCCAGGUCAAGCUGAGCCCUGAGGCCCGGGACCUCAUCAUUAAACUGUGUUGUGCUGCUGACCACCGGCUGGGGAGGAACGGUGCUGACGACCUGAAGGCCCACCCAUUCUUCGUCACCAUUGAUUUCUCCAGAGACAUUCGGAAGCAGCCAGCCCCCUACAUUCCCAAGAUCAGCCACCCCAUGGACACCUCAAAUUUUGACCCCGUAGAUGAAGAAAGCCCUUGGAACAAUGCUAGUGAAGACAGCACCAAGGCCUGGGACACACUCACCUUCCCAAAUAACAAGCACCCUGAGCAUGCGUUUUAUGAAUUUACCUUUCGAAGGUUCUUUGAUGACAAUGGCUACCCUUUCAGGUGCCCAAAGCCUUCAGGAGCAGAGGAGUUACAGGCUGAGAACUCCAAUUUGGAAAAUUCCAAUCUGGUGGAUCAGACAGAAGGUUGCCAACCAGUGUACGUGUAG